AUGCCUUAUCCAACGACGGGGGGCACAAAAUGGAUGCAGAGAGUAAGAGAAUGUAGAAAGGAUGCAUUUUGUGUUAGCCGUCUGAGGUCGUGUGGUGCCAUAAUAAUAGGCAAAACAAACAUGCAUGAACUCGGGGCAGGAAUUAGCGGGAUAAAUCCUCAUUAUGGGGCGGUUAGAAAUCCAUAUGAUAAGAGGAAGAUUACGGGAGGAUCUUCUAGUGGCUCUGCAGCUGUGGUGGCUGCUGGAUUGUGUCCCAUUGCACUUGGUGUCGAUGGAGGAGGAUCUGUAAGGCUUCCAGCAGCUCUCUGUGGAGUGGUCGGCUUUAAACCUACCUUUGAACGUGUGCCACAUGAAGGAGUACUUCCCGUAAACUAUACAAUUGGCAUGGUUGGGAUUCUUGCGGCAACCGUUGAGGAUGCGCUCAUUGCUUAUGCGGCUAUUGCUGGGGACCUUUCGUCGGAUAAUCAGCCAAAGGUAGAUAUGUCUCUGUUGAAACUCACAAACUAUGCGUCUUCUAACAUCAAAAUGGCAAAAUACGGGAAGUGGUUUGAUGACUGCACUGAUGACAUCAGAGUUUGUUGUUCUAACGUUGUUUCCAAGUUAUCUGACGAAUAUGGAUGGACGACUGUAAAGUUUACCAUACCGGAAAUCGAGGUCAUGCGCUUGUCGCAUUAUGUUACAAUCGGAUCAGAAUGUAGUAAUUCAAUCGGAACCCACUUAAAGAAAUUGGAUAAGGGUGAGGUGGGAUGUGACGUCCGAGUAGGCCUUUCGAUAUACGGUUCUUUUCACAGCAACGAGUAUUUGAAUGCACAGAAAAUGAGAUAUCGCCAACUAAAAUUUCACCAGAAGAUAUUUUCUAAGGCAGAUGUCAUUGUAACUCCAACUGUUGGAGAAAAUGAAAUUAAUGGUUUGCAUGAUAAUUUUUCAGCUGCUUUAGUACGGUACCAAAUAUCUGGGAAUUUCCUGGGAUUGCCUGCAAUCACUGUUCCUGUUGGUUAUGAUAGAUGUGGCAUGCCUAUUGGCCUCCAAUUUAUUGGGAAACCAUGGUCUGAAUCUCUCUUGAUUUACAUAGCGUCGGCUGUACAAGAAAUAUGCAAAUCAGAGUACAAGAAGCCCGAGGUCUUUUACGACAUUCUUGCUAAGGAGUAG